UUCGUUGCACAGCUUUCUGUUUAUUCCUCAACGUGGGUCUCUCAGGCUGACAGGAAUCACAUAGCAUUUGAGUGGAAGCCGAAUGGAAAUAAUAAAUUGUCACUAAGUAUUUUUUUUAUUAUUAUUAUUAUUUUGCAAAAAUGGGUAAAAAGCGUCAGAACGAAGAGUCGCUUGAGUCCAAAACUCAGGCGAAAAAAGAGACGCCGGCGGAGUUUAACGGCACUGUUUUCAAAACGAUGCUGAAAGAGCCGACCAAAGCGAUGAAGGGCCUGGAGACGUUCAUAUCGACUGCGAAGAAGCUGCCGUGCCCUGCCCUAUAUGAUGUGGUGGAGGGCUACAUCAAAAUCUCCAUGGAGUGUGCGGAAGUGUUCAAAUUGCUGGAGGGAGAGAAACACGUAGAAAGCGAGAUGGUGCUGAUUUUUGAGACCCUGGAGAUGAUCCUGCUGAGGACGGCCAGCGACCUGUCUCACUUCAACAUGGUCGGCACCGCUAUCGUGAAAAAGACCAUCUCGGGCUACAUGAAGCUUCUGCAGGGCUCUUUCAGUUCGGAAAAUCACAGGUUUGCCCGUCAGUGCCUCAACCUCCUGUCUGCCAUGGUGUCCCAGGGUCCAGACUCGGCCAGAGAGGUCCUCAGUCACAUUCACCUCAAUAAGAGUCUGUCAGGAUUGGCAAAGAGAAAGGAUAAGAGGGGAAGACCUGAUGUUCGCAUGGCUUUCGUCCAGUUCGCGCUCUCUUUCCUGGUGUCUGGAGAUCACGCAACAGUCGGACAGCUACUAGAAAUGAAAGAGUUCCUGCCGGAGAUUCUGAGCUCGGGGCUGAAGGAGGACAGGAUCUCCAUCGUCAGCCUGAUUUUGUCCACCCUGAAGACGAGAGUCGUACUGAACAAGGCCUUAAGUAAAACGCAGAAAGUGCGUUUCUUCACGCCUGCCAUACUCGCCCACAUCGCAUCUCUCUACAAAUGGAACGGGAUUAUAGAUGCAAGCACAGAUGAUGACAAGAUGUCUGAGAAUCCGGAGCAGGGUGGGGUGCUGGUGGUGCGGGAGCUCGUUCACAGUUUCCUCAUGGACCUGUGCUGCUCUCGUAAGCACGGCAUCACCUUCCACGACCCCAGCUUUGGAACAGCUGGCAGAGCAGGCAACAUCGUCUUGCUGCAGUUCCUGGUGGGGCUGAAGCAGGCCACAGAGGACCAGCUAGUGUCAGAGCUGGUGGUCAGCGUGCUCAAAGCCAGUCCUGAUAUCCUCUCCAGAUACUUUAAGGAGACUCAGUAUUCGUACACACCUCGACUCAAAAGCGCCUGGCAAGACAACGUCGGUUUACUGAAGAAAAUCUACGAGGCUCAGCCGGAGAUUUCCGUAAUCUUCCAGACGCGUGAGAUCAUCCCUGUGCCUCGCCUGCUCUCCAUGAUCAUGGUGACAUCUGUUCCUCCAGUCUGUAACAAGGCCUUCUUCACACAGGGCCUCAAUUUUGCCAACACAGCAGUGCAGCACACAGCUCUCUCAAUGACGUCUUUCAUCCUGAAAAGAGCCCAGAAGAAUAUGGAGUAUCUCUUGGAUAAGUCCGUGUGGCUGCGCUCAGACGUGUACUCCCCCGACAUGAUGGAGGACUUGGUGCAGCAGUACAGAGAGACACUCAGCAAGAUUUUGCCCGACAUGACGGGCAUAGUCGCCAAGUGGCAGUCGCUCAGCAAGAAGGACAAGACAGAGGCUGAAGAAAACAAGGAGAAGAAGGAGAACAACAGUGAGAAGGAUGCUAAAAUGGAAGGGCAUGGUAAUAACAGUUUUGCAGAGACAGCUGAGAUCAUCCUGCUGAAGGCUCUCAUCCUCCAGGUCGUCUGUCUUUACCAAAAAGUAGUGCCGCAUCUGGUUAGUCAGUGCAAAUUUGACUUCAGCAAGCUCCUAAAAGGGAUCAUGUCAGAGAAAGGCAUGAGAGAUGAGGUGCCCCCUGUUCUGCAGUAUCAGAUCCUGCAGCUGGCCUUGGAUCUGCCUGCCAGCAAGUUCUCCUGGUUCCGCAUACAGGACGUUGCGGAUUCAGAUUCAACGUGUGGCGAGAAGUCGGUGCUUUACCUGCUUCUCAAGAUGUUUGUGAGCAGCAGGAACAGCCACCUGAAAACCUCCACGCAGAUGCUGGUGCUCAAAGUAUUAAAGGACAGUGGAGCGUUUGAAUACACCUGGGCUGAACUGGAGCUGUGGCUCAACCACCUGGCCAGACUCGAGCCAAGCCAGCAAGAGACUGUGAUCCAGUUCUUAGAGCGGGUACUGGGGAGGUUGGUGUGCAAUUCUCACAUAUACACAGAUAAAGUUGCCAGCUUGGUCCAGGAGGCAGCCUACCUGCAAGCUAAUCUGAGUAACCAGGAGGCGGACGCUGCCAGUAUCCCAGUGUCACACAUCGAUGACGUGCUCGACAUGCUGGAUGUAAUCAUGGAGGGCAAUGAGGGCGAGAUGGAGGACUUUGGGCCGGCGCUGACUGAUGAUCUUAUUAUCCAGACCUUCCCCUUCAGCGCGGUGGUACCUGCUGCCCUGGAGGCCCGGAACAAACUGCCUGCUGAUAAGGGGGUGGUGUAUGAGUACUUGUCUGCAGUGCUGUCAGACGUGCUGCAUUGUCAGAGGGAGCCGCUCCCCCUCUGCCUGGCUCUGCUGCAGUACGAUAAAGAGCUGCUGUCGUCUGAACCCUCUGCUGGUCCUCACCCCUCCGUCACACAUCUUCAUCACUAUUACUCCAAAUGGCUCCCACGGCAGAGCCAGGAGGAGCUGUUCAAGUUUUCCGAACACCAUUCCAAAGGAUCGCCACGUCCUACUUCAUUCACUGCAAUCAUAAAAGCAGCAUAUUGCAAAGGACCCGACUGCUUGCUGGAGGAAACCUUCAGGACGGAGGUGGACGCGUCUCUGGCUGCCAUGGCGAUGGUCGAGUUUCCAGUGGCGAUCAGGCAGAUCUUACUCUACGUCAAAUCCACCGUGGAUAACUUCGGCACGUUCUCCAAAGACACGGGAACUGCCGUUUUAAGGACCUUAAUGGGGAUACUCCAGGAUGUGGUUGCCAAGUUACAAGGCUUUCAGGAUACCACAACAUGUGAGCCGGUGGCAGAGAGCUCGCAGGAGGGAUCAGACCUCUUCCUGGAAAUCAACCAGCUGUCCACAGCAGAGACCAACAAAGAGCAGACCCUCAUUGCUGCGUUGAGCUCCGUCUUCAGGCACCCGUGUCUGGAGCAGUGGUUUCUGGCUCUGGAGCUGGCUGCUCUGCCUCCUCACUCUCUGAAACCUGUGAGGCUGAAGCAGCUGUGUGCUCAGCUCAGUGACGACGUCCUGGCCCUGCUAAAGACCAGCACCCCCGCUCUUCGGGAUUUAGGCCACCUAGAGCUUGUUCGUCACUAUCUGGAGGCUGUGGAGAAAGCUGUGCUCAAGGAGCUGCUGGAGAGGGGCUCCCGGCCUGCAGAGAGACAGUCCCGGCCCGUCCAAGCCCUCCUGUCUGUCCACAGCUACAUGGACUCCACUCAGCUGAGGGAACUGGUUUCCACGUUGCUCCUCCUUCCUCAGGAGAGCCUCGUCAGUGACGCCGCCCCGGCCGAGCUCAGCGUGUACGGCCACGCGGUGCUGCAGAUCCUCACAGAGUGCAACAGCGGCGCCUCCCGGGACCACAGCCUCUCUCUGUCCCAAGCGCACCUCCACGGCCUGGGCACCCUGCUGCUGUCCUGCUCCAGCCCCGCGCUGGAGGCCUUCCUGCUGCAGACGCUCUCCGGCGAGCCGGGCAGCGCCAAGCUGAUCCACGCAGACGUGCUGCUGCACUGCCUGCAGCGGCCUCGCCCGGCCACGCAGGCCAUCAGCGCCCUCCUGCUGCAGAACUGCUCCACACACCGCCUCCGCUUCGAGCUGUGGUGUCUGGAGCCGGAAAACAUGGAGAAGCUCUCAGGCCAGGCUGAGGCCUUUCUCCCACUGAUCAACACGUACCUACAAAUGGCAAGUAGGGAGGAUCCUGCAAGGCCCAAAGAUGUGCAAACCAAAGCUUUAAAAGCCUUCAAGCAAGCUCUGCUGGCCGGGUUGUGUUGCUCGGUUCUGGACGGUCAGACGAGCGACUCCACGUCGCAGCGAGCCGAAGCCCUCGCCGGGCUGAUCGAGCUCUCUGCCAAGCUGAACGACAUCCGAGACGUGAUCACCAGCCUGCCAGCAGCCCUUCAGAGAGCAGACGGUGUCGGACGAUGGCAGCUGGUCGACGCUGUGUCCGAGAAGCUGGCCGAUCGUCCGGAGGAACAGGAGACGUGGAGGAAGUCCGUCGUCGCUGCUGCCCUCAAGUGGCUGAUCUCCUCUUACGGUCGCUCCAGAGAUCAAGCUGCUUCCCCGUCAGCGCAGGAGGAGAGCGUCCUGCUGAGGCUGCAGAAACUCCUGACUCAUGCCGAAGACGUCGCUGCAUCCGAGUGGAACGGUUUCGUCAAGAGUGGACUGAAGUAUCGCUACAGGGACCACCACUUCCUGGAGGCCUUGGGUAAUUUGUUGGGACGGAUGUACGGCGGCAGCGACCUCCCCAAAGAUCUGCUGCCUUUAUCCACCAUGCACAUGAUGAUCAGCAGCCAUUCUCUGUUCCUGCCCACCAUGCUGGACCCCGACGAGGAGGCCAGAGGGUCUCAGGCCAAAGAGGCGCUUAUAUCCCUUCUUCUCUGUCUGGUGAGGAAAUGCCCGGCGGUCUGCAGCGCCGGUCACUUUGUUGUGCUUCUGGGAGCGUACGGAGCUACACUGAGUGCUUCAGAUCAGAAACUGCUGCUGCUUCUCCAGGAAUACGAACGAAACGACGUCAGUCUUCUGGACUUUCAGUCGUUCCUGUGGGGGCCGGCGGCGGUGGAGCACCACAAGACCAGGAAAACUCUGGGAGCCUCUUUGUGGAAACACGCCAGCCCCGAGGACCUGCUGGCGCUGCUGAACGCCGACAGGAUGCUGCACACCAUCGAGCGCUUCCCUCAGAGACGCAAGAUUAUCCCUCCGGAGGGCCAGGAGCUGCUCUACGAUGAAAAUGAUGGGAAGGACCUCGGGAAUUUGUACGAUCCCUGUUUCCUUUUGCCUCUGUUCAGCUCCAUGCUGCGGCCAGAGUGUGUGAUUGACUGUCAGAAGUUUGUCUCCAGCCAUGCCUUCGGAGUGACUGUGAUGGCCCUCAGCAGCUAUGACUCCACAGUGCGAGCAGCAGGGUGCCAUGUGCUGAGCUCCUACUGCCAACAUCUGGAGGGUGCUCGCUUUAGAGAGAAAAGACAGCUGCUCUACCUGAUGGACAUGGUGAAGAACGGCAUUCGGCAGCAGAAUCAAAGACUCCCGUUCGUCCUGACCACGUACAUCUCCAAAGUGGCCCAGCAGAUGCUCAAACCUGAGGAGCACAUGUACGUGGUGAUAAACAAGUUCCUGCUGUCGCAUCAGAGCCUGGACUUGAGACGAGUCCCCGAGUUCUUCAAGCUCUUCUAUGGAUUUGACUUGGAGCACAAGAUGGAGCGGGAAUGGAUCCUGAGUGUGCUGAGGGAAGGAGUAGCCGAUCAAUACUCCUAUGAACUGUGCAACCAACAGGGCAUCUUCCACAGCCUGUUAGGCUUCGGCUGCAGUCCCCUGUGUGAUGAGCACAGCCAGGCCCUGAUCAUCAGGGUGUUGUGUCAGGCUGCCCGCGGGACCAAAGCCGGCUAUAACCUCUCCAAGAGCUGUGGGCUGCUCACCUGGAUCCUGCAGCUGGCCGAGAGAAGGCAUGUGGACCAGAUUCUGCUGGGCGCUGUCAUAGAUCUGCUCCAUGUCCUGUGGUUUGCUAACCUUGGGCAGAGGGAGAAGCAUGUGGACGGGACCAGCAGCUCCUCAUCUAAAGAGGACAAACCUCAGAGCUUCAAGUGUGUCCCUCUGCCGCUCGUCAACGAAUUCCUGUGUGUCACAUCGAGCAUCAUGAGACACCUCAGGCUGGGGGUGAAGGCCGCACAGCUCAGCGUCUUCCUGCAGACUCUGGGCUCCGUGCUGAAGCAUCGUGGGACGGCGCUCAGUGUAAACAAACAGGCUGAGCGGUUCACACUCCACCCCCAGGCGCUCUCCUCGACCGAAGCCCUCACUUUGCUCCAGUGUUGGGCCUCCCUGUCCCACAAUGCAACACUGCUGGCCCAGUUACAGAGUCUGUCUGAAAAACACAAAGUGAAGGAACUGACGGGGACGGGAAAAGAUAAGAGCAGAGGUAAAGGCUUCUUUCCAAAGACCCGCGCACGCAAAGAAGACCUGGCAGAGGACGCCGAGACGGAGAAACAAGAGCAGACUCUGCUGACCGAAUGUAAACCUCACCUCAGCAGCAUCUUCGCUCACUGGGAGCCCGCGUGUCCACUCACUUCACCCCAACUGGCCCCACCGAGGAGCAGUCAGGAUCCGGGUUGUUUGGCCGGCGAUACCGCGCACCUGCUCACCAAAUGGUCCCUGAGGUGCUUGGUGGAGGGCUCAUAUGAUGACAGCAGGACCAAAGCCUUUUUGCAGUGGCUUGACAAGGCCGUGGUGAAACACAAAGACAUUGUGGAAGUGGUGAUGCACGACCCCGGCCUGAGAGCCGACCUCCUCAGACUGUACCAUCAGGCCGCUGAGGCCCAGUGUCCUGCCACUCACUCAGCAAGAGUGGAGACUCUGCAGCUGUUCACCAACAUUAUGAUAAAGCUCUUAGAGACCCAAGGCCAAACUCCACAUGACCUGGGUCAGGUGCUCGGUGCGUGCCAGUCAGAUGCUACACAUGAUCAGUCCAGAAGUGAAGCCGGGCUGUUUCUGUUGUCACUGUACAUCCAUGAGCUGUGGAGUGGAGCCACAUCAGCCCAGCUGUUCCUCUCUCAUGUCAGCUUGGUGAACGGAGCCAAGUGUAAGGGACCGAAGUCGUCCAGAUCCUCGCUCACUCAAACAGCCAUCAGAGCCGUCUGCAACGACAUCGUCGCCAUGAAGAGUUCAAUAUGACAUCUGAACAAGACUGAAUUGUAAUGUGGCUCGAUAUAUUUUAUUUUUCCUGCUGUUUGUUUCUCGUUAAAACACAUUUUGUAAGCAUUUGUAAAAACCUCCCAAUAUAAAUUUCUUGUUUUACAA